ACAUGCAAAAAUUCUUUCUCUUCCUCGUUCUGGCAUCCUAGAUAUAGACUGUUUCGGAUCCAAGGACGGUGAUGGCAAAGCAGUAAGCCGGGAGUAACCGUCUGCCUGUCAGAUCAGACCUGUCACAGAAUAAAUCCCGCCGCCUGCUGCGAAGCCCCCCGCGCUCCUCAAACUUGGCGAACUGGUAAUCCGUGUCUGGAUAUGCAGAUCUCUGAUUUUAAAGGCGGGGUGACCCCGGGGAGAACCUCUCCCGCCGCCCAAAGCCCGCAGGUGCAGUGAGGCGUGCGCGCGGGUGCUGUCGCCCCCGAAGCCCGCUUGACCCCGGGGGAAGGAGUCGCGGAGCCCAGCGGGGUCUUGCUGCUGCGUACCGACGUCGGCGGCUUCUCUCCCGCAGCAGCAGAUGAUGGUGGCGGCCGGCGUGCUGAGCCGUGUCUGUGCGUCGCCGCGGAAAUUGGCGCCCGGCGCUUUGCCCUGAGCCCUUGCAGGUCCGUCGCAGCUCGAGCCUUGAAGAGGACAGAGCCGGCGCGCGGGGCACCCGGGGGUCGCGCGGAGUCGGCUAUCAUGGCGGAUCGGACAGCUCCCAGAUGCCAGCUCCGGCUGGAGUGGGUGUACGGGUACCGGGGUCACCAGUGCCGCAACAACCUGUACUACACCGCCGGCAAGGAGGUGGUCUACUUUGUAGCUGGGGUAGGGGUGGUGUACAACACCCGAGAGCACAGCCAAAAAUUCUUCCUGGGACACAACGACGACAUUAUCAGACAAAGCCCCCCUUCCUUUCUUCUGUGACUUGGGGAUGGUCGUGAUUGGGCAGCCUUACUCGGUUCCUCCCUACAGAUUCUGCAGAUUUUGCUUUGCUAAUUGUGUGGCUGAUUAUUAAAG